GGGUUCCAAUAAAAGGCAGGUGGUAAUAAAACAUAGUAUAGAUUUCCACGGAAAAAAACUUGCGCCAAUAGACUCGCGCUGUAGAUUCUGGGAUCAAAUAAAAGUAAUAAUUUUAAUUUUUAUAGUAAAAUUUGAUAAAAAUUCAGGAAAAUAUAAAGCGGUGCUUCCCUUUGAAUGCCCGCGAUGUGCCCGAAGGCUAUAAACCGAGUAUAGAGGUUGGAUUUUUAUAAUGAAUAUGAUUUGUGUAGUAAAGGAAAUGCAAAAAAUGUACUAUGACUAUGUGAGGAACUACCACAUUACAAGGGUGAACAAAAAAUGGGCGAAAAUGGACAAGGUUCCCAUAGAAAAAAGUGCCAAAAGUGAAAAAAUGUGAAAGUCCACUGGGGGCCUGUGAAAGUAAUUGAGUAAUCGAGAAUAAAAUAAAAUUGUUUGAUAAAUAAUUAGA